UUUUUUUUUUCAACAAAAGUCAAUUGGACCAAACUGGUCAAACUUAUAUUAUAAUGACUGAUCAAACUUCUCGCAGACGGAAAUGGGACCAAGAAGACAAUUCAUCUGAACCUGUUACUAAAAUUGCCAAAACAGAAACAAGUAAUGAAGAACCAAUAGAUCCUAUGAAGGCAGCAAGUCUCGCUGCUGCCAGAUUGAAUGCACUAUACGCUAUAAAAAAAACUACAGGAUCACCGACUGCAGAUACGAAACAAACUGGUACACCACCACCACCUCCUCCAACUACCAAUAAGGAAGAAUUCUCUAAAAAAAUUGAAAUCAAUGAUCUAAAGAACAGAUAUAUGUUAACUCGUGGUGCAACACAAUCUGAAAUUGCUCAAGAAACUGGUGCAGAAAUCACUACUCGAGGCAAAUAUUAUCCUGAUGCAAAUCUUGCAACAGAAAAGGAACCUCCAUUAUACCUUUAUAUUAGUGCAUCUACUCAAGAAUCUUUGGAUCAAGCUGUCUCUAAAGUGAAUGACCUGAUUGAAAAUGCAAAAGUACCUACUCCUGGACAACAUGGUAGUUUUCGACGACCUCCUCAUGAACACAAUAAUAAUAAUAAUGUAGACGAUGAUCAUCAGAACAAUGGCUAUUCACAAUACACUGACAAGGAUAAUAGUCGAUCACCUUAUGAGCGACCUCAACGCAAAUUUUAUGAAGAAAACGUAUUAAUUGGAAUUCCAGAAGGUCCUCAUUACAAUGUACGUGCCAAGAUCGUUGGUCCUCAAGGUGCCUAUGUCAAACAUAUAAGUAGUGUUACUGGAUGUCGUAUUCAAGUGCGAGGUAAAGGAUCUGGCUUUUAUGAACAGGAUACUGGUAAAGAAUCCGAAGAACCUCUUUAUAUGCACAUCUCAACACCUCGUCAAGAAAUGUUACCAAAGGCUGUGCAAUUGGCAAAAGAUUUGAUUGGUACUAUCAAAGAAGAAGUAGAACAACGAAAUCAAUCGGGUGCUCGUGGAUAUAAUCGUGGUUAUCAUCCCAAUCCUCAUCAUUCAAAAGGGAAUUAUCAACAGUAUCAGCAAAACUAUGAUUAUCAAGGAUAUGGAGUAGAAUCUCAACAUGCGGGAACAAAUAAUACAACUAACGAUCAAGCUUAUAGUGCUCAUGAUUACAGUCAGUAUGAUUAUUAUGGACAACAACAAUAUGAUCCAGCCUAUUACAAUCAAUAUUAUCAAUACUAUCAACAACAACCAACAGGGUCAUCCAAUGGAGAACAAUCAUCAACACCAACUUCAACAGGUGGUGAAUCAUCACCUUCCUACAAUUCAGUACCACCACCAUCACAAUAUUAAAAAAAAAAAAAAUAAAAUUGAAAUUUCAGUGUGAAAUCAUAGUUAUCUUGUUAGAUCGGCUCGUUUAAUAACAACUGGUCUUGUUAUUUUAUUUUGGGUUAUUUAGAAUCUUUUAAUAAAAAUAUAUUUAUUACAUCAUGA